AUGGCGGAAACAAGAAUUUCUCAAGUAAAUUUAGUGGAAUGUAUACCAAAAGAUGUAGAACUCAGCUUCAUUGAUCUUGGAGAUGGAAAUACCCAAACGAAAAAGAAAAUACCGAAAAGGAUAUUACAUUUUAGUGACGGUGUCAUUGAAGAAUAUUCUUCCUCAGAAGACGAACAAACCAGCUGUGAUGACAGCAAAUCUCCUUUAGUACCACCAAAGUCGUUUGAUCCACGAUCUCCAACGAUUUUACCAUGGAUUUGGUUUUAUUUGACAGUUGCUUUUCGGAAAUCUUUAAAAACUGCUGAGAUGUGUGGUGAGAAACUAGGAUGGGCGCUAGGUAUAACCAGCCCUAAGUAUCAAUAUGCCAUAGACGAAUAUAAUCGGCGGAAAAAGGAAGAAGAAGCUGCUAUUAUAAAAAGACAACAGGAAGGGCAGCAGGGAAAAUUUUAG